AUGUCGGCACCUGUCUCGUUUCCUGCCCCCAUCGGCGGCGUACCUUUUGACAACGAUUUUACUCCUUCUGUUUUCUUCGCCUUGCUGUAUGCCGCCGUGUGUCUUCUUGGUUUCUGGCGUCUAGCACGCGAGCAUUCUCGCACAAUGCUCGUCGUGACUACCCUCAUUUUCACCAUCGAGCGCGUCGUGGUUUGGCUCCUCCGGGCGAAACAAGCGAAGACGCCCUCCGAUGACUUGAGCAAAAACCUCACGGCGUACUGGCAGAUGACCUUCAGCGCCAAUUACAUCGCGAUGUACGGCAAACUCAUCGUGCUGCUCAAAUCGCUCGUUAUGGAUGUGCUCAAACCCGUUCCUGCGCCUAUCGUGCUACAACCCGGGAACUUUACUCAGACCGCCGACCCCGAGGCAUCUACGUCUUUCCUUCACCACUCGUCGCAGCAAGACAAAUACCGCGAGGUGCCGUCUAAUGAGUCGAAAACAGAGCUGGUUGAACGUGAGGGGGACCUUGCAGCCGCACACAAGCGCAAGAUAUUCACGCGCAUCUCCACGGGUCUGGGGCUGCAAGCGUUGUUGCCGGUCCUGACUGGCCUCGUCAUGAGCCAGCUGUACGUCGGGGCCGAGACAAAUGCGAGCAAGGCAAAUAUAGUGCGGCUGCUGAGGUUUGCGAUCGCCGGCAUGUGCUUUGCCAUCCUUAUGGCCUUGCAGGGGAUGUGCUUCUGGGCACGUCGUCUCCCGGGCAUUCGCAAAACUCCGUUGAUGCUCAUUGUUGCUCUCGGACUCAUACUCACCAUCAUUCCCUCAUACCACCUCUUCAUAAUGGGAAACAACACAACGUCACUCAUCUCGACCGCACCAGGUUCAGGCAAUACGCCAGCGGAGAAGACCGCAUUCUACGUCUUCCAGGUCAUGGUCGAGCUUGUUACCAGCGGCACUCUACUGGGCAUCAAUGCGAAGGAAGUCUUCGGCUUGUGA